AUGGGAAGCUUGACUUCUCGUUUCGAUCAACUGGCUCUCUUGGGGAAGCCUUUGGAUCAUGAAGAUAAAGUGGAGUACAUAAUCGAUGGGCUUCCGGACGACUACAAGUCGGUUGCUGAGAAGAUUGAAGGACGUGAUGUCUCUCCUUCCAUUGUGGAGAUUCAUGAGAAACUCAUAAACAGAGAAGCCAAGCUCCUAGCUGUCUCCACUCCUGCCUCUAAUGCGAUUCCAAUGACCGCAAACAUUGCUACCUCACUUUCCAAACAACAACAGCACAACCAGCACCGAGGCAACAACUCCAACUGGAACAACAACACCAGACCUCUAACCUACAACACGCAGAAACAAGAGCACAAACAGUCAAAAGGCUGUCAAGGGAGAUGCCAAAUCUUCAGUGUCUUCGGACAUAGUGCUAGGAGGUGUCCUCAGAUGUCCCAGCCGACCACAAACAACGGUGCUUCUCCCUUUCGUCCGUGGCAACCUCGCGCGAGUGUACCCAUGACAAGUCAAUAUCCCUCAACUGCGUGGCUCAUGGAUUCCGGUGCAACACACCACCUGACGAGCGAUCUGCACAACAUGUCGAUACAGCAGCCACACAAUGGUGACGACUCGGUUCUCAAUGGUGAUGGUUCUGGCCUCUCUAUCACCCACACUGGUUCCCUCUCUAUGCCUUAUUCUACACGGAACUUGUUUUUGAAUAAUGUUCUUUGUGUACCUAAUAUUAAAAAGAACCUUAUCUCAUUGUAUCGUCUCUGUAAUACUAAUAAGGUUUCUGUGGAAUUUUUUCCUGGUUCUUUUCACGUGAAGGAUCUCAGCUCGGGGGUCCCGUUAAUCCAAGGCAAGACCAAGGAUGAGCUAUCAUUUCAGCCGUUACUCAUGGGUCUUCCCCUUCAAACUGAAGUCGCAGGUCAAAGCCACCUUCCAAACCUUCAAACGCUUGUGGAGAACAAGCUUUCAACCGAAAUAGAAACUCUAUACUCCGACAAUGGAGGAGAGUUUAUUGCUCUCCGACAAAUUCUCGCAGACGCUGGCAUCUCUCACCUCACCUCCCCACCUCACACGCCGGAACAUAACGGUAUCUCAGAAAUAAAACACAGACAUCUUGUCGAGACGGGCCUCACCCUCCUUACUCAUGCAUCUAUGCCAAAGAAGUACUGGACCUAUGCUUUUGCAACAGUGAAUUAUCUGAUCAACCGCCUCCCCACACCAGUUCUAAACAUGGACACACCCCUACAUAAGCUCUUUGUCACACACCCAAACUACUCCAAGACAAGGAUCUUCGGCAGCCUCUGUUUCCCUUGGCUCAGGCCUUAUACAAUCCAUAAACUUAAGGACAGAUCGACGCCUUGUGUCUUCAUCGGCUACUCGCCUACUCAGAGUGCUUACCUGUGUCUACAGCCUAGCACUGGCCGCAUCUAUGUCUCACGACAUGUAAGGUUUGGUGAGUCAGUAUUUCCCUUCCAUAAGCUAUUAGCUCCACCCCCAAAACCCGAGACCUCCCCACCCUACCACUCUCCACCAGUAACAAAAAUUCAUUUUCCCACACCACCACUCGUACAGCAAACGGGAUCCACGAGCUCGAGUCCUCACUCGUCAGAACAGGUAGACUCUACAACACCUUCUCUUAGUGUUACUAACGAUCACAUUUUAAGCGCAGAGUUGUCAACAGGCUCAAGCUCAAAACAUGGCGACCACACCCCGAUCCCAUCGCCAUCUCUGGAUAAUCACUCAGCUGCGACCUCGUCUUCAUCGUCACCGUCACCGCCACCGUCACCAUAA